GGAGGGUGGCAGAGUCCUGCGCCAUUCUGGGCCAUGGGCUGCUGUCAAGAUAAGGACCAUCGGCCCUCUGAAGAGCAUGGAAGGGAUGAAGUGAAUGAGGGAGGCGUCGACACUGAUUUUGAGAACACAGGCCGCCGUAAACAAAGAUCUAACGAAAGUCUUCUGAUCACCGUGCUGUGGCGCAGGCUAUCCAUGUUCAGCCGUCGGGGGUCCUCACGGUCAAGCAAGAGGCCCUCAGAUCAGAUGCAAAAGCAGGACAGUAAGACCCAGGAGCGCAAACGUGACGGAACCCACAAGGAAUCAGGAAAGGGCUGACUCCAACCCUGGUCUCAAAUCCUCCCCAACAUCCAGAGAAUAAAAUUAGUAUUGCAGAUCUGCCAGGCUGGUUUACAGAGCAAGUUAAAGCUCUGUAGGCUUCGCGGCCGCGGGCUCUGUAAGGUUCCUCCG